AUGACUUGCGCAACUACACCUGAAGCCUGGAAAGAAGUCGAUGAGGUUUUCAAGAACAGAUGGAAUUUGCCUCAUUGUGUAGGAGCCAUUGAUGGCAAGCACGUUGCCAUUAGAAAACCAAAGAAAAGUGGAUCUUAUUAUUACAACUAUAAGCACUUAUUUUCUAUUGUCAUGCUUGCAGUGGUGGAUGCUGAUUACAAGUUUCUCUAUGUGGAUAUUGGAGCCAAUGGUGCUGGUUCUGAUGCUGGAAUAUUCAAUGACACUGAAUUAAAACAAGCACUGGAAGAUGACAAAAUUGGAUUACCACCACCUGAACCUCUACCACAUGAUGACCAGCCCAUUGCCUACUUCAUAGUCGCUGACGAUGCAUUUGCACUCAAAACAUGGAUGAUGAAGCCACUGCCCAUUAUGAACAUGUCUGUCAACCAGGGAAUCUUCAACCACAGGCUGUCCAGAGCCAGGAGGGUUGUCGAAAAUGUGUUUGGAAUUCUGGCCUCAAGAUUUAGGUGCCUACUCGGUACCAUGCCACAAAGUCCACAGAGAGUCACCGACAUAGCUUUGACCUGUUGUGUCCUUCACAACUUGCUGAGAUUGAGAAAUACUAAUAAUGCAGACAUUCUUGUGGACCAUGACGCAGAUCACAACCAUGAUGAAGCCAAUUUGCCCGACAAUCCAACUCUACAUGACAUGCAAGAAGUCUACAGGGGAAACGCCAACAGGGCUGCCAAGUUGCAAAGAGAAUACCUUAUACACUAUGUCAACUCAGAAUUAGGAAGUGUUCAUUGGCAGCAAGACACGAUUUGA